AGAAUUACAGAACCUACAGCCCCGCCUGGAAUGCAACCAAUUGGAAAUUUCAUGGUUUACAGUUUACACUUUACAGUGCACACAUGACACAUUGCUCUGUUUAGGGUUUUAAAUCGACUACUAAACCCAUCAAAACCUAAUCUCUCCAAAGCUAUCAGGUGUGCAUGCUGGUAGAUUGUGGACAUUUUGGCAUUAUGUAUGCUACAAAGGGUGGCUGGUUAGGCCGCCAAACACAUUCCCUAGCGAAAAGCAAUGAGUCUGUAGGGAGGAAGUCUCGCAUUCGGCGUUCAAAGGGGGAGAGGAAGGAAAUGGUUGAAUCCUUUAUAAAGAAGCACCAGAGCUUAAACAAUGGGAAUUUCCCCUCUCUAAAUCUUACACACAAGGAAGUUGGUGGGUCUUUCUACAAAAUAAGAGAGAUUGUUAGAGAAAUAAUCCAAGAAAACAGAGUGCUGGGUCCUGCUAAGGAUUUUCCUGAGGAACAGAAUGCUGAUCAAUUAUUGGUGAAAUACCCAUUGGGUACAAUUUCCACAGACCCUGAAUCUUCUCUGUCUCUUUCACAUGAUGGAAGUGCAUUUGUACCUGAUCAGCAUCAGAAUACAAGUCAAGAACUUAACUUAAUUGCUGAUGGGCUUAGUGCUGAACCUGAAGAGCAGCAGUUUGAUAAGGAGCAAAUCAUUAAUAAGAGUCAUGUAAGUGUAACAAAUAAAGAAUGUGACGAAAUAAAAGUUGCAAAGACUAAAGUAGGCGAGGCAUUACCAAAAAAGGAAGUUAAGGAAGAGGUGGCUGCCUCUAGGACUAAAGUGAUUCAGAUGGCAGAUGUCAUUGUAGAAACAUUUCCAUUACGGCCUGUCAAUCUGCCAAUUAAUCACUUGGAUGGAAAAUCUGGUGAAUUAAGGGUUUUGAAUGGAACUGUUGUAGACAAAGAGGUUGAAAAGGUGCCCUUGGGACCAAGAUAUGGUGCUUCUAAAAUAGAUGGAAUGAAUUUGUCAAGCAAUUCUUCUUUGGUGGAUGAUAAAGAAGUAGAAAACCUAGCAGGUCCACUGUUUGAAGGAGACUCCGGUUUGGUGGAUGAGAAAGCUGUGAAAACUGUAGAAGAUCUGCCAUUAAAUUCCUUUGCUAUCAAAAAUGGCAUUCUGCAUGAUACUCAGGUUGAUAUAGAUGUUGAAGUGAAAUCAUCUCAUAAUGAUAAGGUGAUUUCUGAAACUAAGGUUGUAAAUGUAUCAAAUGGUACCCAAACUGAAACUACUCUUGAUGGCACUCAUGACAGUACCAACAGCAGCGGCCCAAUAACCCAUAAGGAAGUUAUUGGAAACAAAGCUGAUGUUCAACUCAGUGGCAGCUCUCAGAAAGGGAACAAACCAACAUUAGACAGAAUUAAUAAGUAUAUACAUAAAUCAUGGGAAGGCGCUUCAAAAAAUCUUGCAGAAUCAGAAACUAAUCCAGUGUUGGCCAUUUUUAAAUUGUUUAUAGCCGCGUUCAUGAAAAUUUGGUCUUAAGGAAGUUUUGGUGUAUUUGUUUUUGUCUACAUGAGUCGAUGAAUUCUACAUCUGCCAGAGUAAUGUAUGAACUUUCCCCAGUCUCAAUGUAGGUUUGGUUUUUUUUUUUUU